GUGUGUGCCAAAAUGUCAAGGGCACCUCGAAGUGCUUCACUGACUUGACCUAAUUAAGAGGUGAGUGCAGUGAAGGAAGCUAAGUGGAUUUUAGACACUGCCCUCUGUUAUCCAGCAGAGCUGAUCAGUGGCUGCGCUGGACUCUGACCUUCCCAGCAGCCAUGUGAUUUCCAUCAGCAUAUGUAUGUAAGAACAGCCAAAGGAGAUCUGUCACUAACCUCUAUGUAAGAUGACAGCAAGUCGUAUUCAACACCUCCAGGGACUGAAGAAACUUGUAUGACACACAGCAGAGGUGGAACGAUUUGGGCGGACUGUUCCUUCUUCAGAGUUUCAUCAGACUAAUCCAGCUGCAGCAUGGCUCUGCUUGUCCACAUGUUGGCCUGCGCCUUUGGCCUGGGCUCUUGGGUGGCAGUGAACGGUCUGUGGGUGGAACUGCCACUCAUCGUUAACACUCUCCCCGAGGGCUGGGAGCUCCCCUCAUACCUGACAGUCAUCAUCCAGCUGGCCAACCUGGGACCUCUGCUGGUCACUCUCAUGCACAAACUGUGUCCUGGUCGUCUUAAGGAGCAUGUUGUCAUUUACUCCAUCGUCUCCAUCGGUGUCCUGUCCUGCAUCCUGCUCGCCUUCUUCUGGGACAAGACUACGAUUGUGGCCGGGGCGUCACGUAGCACGGCCUUCUUCAUCAUAACCUUCUUCCUCUCUCUGGUGGACUGCACCUCCUCAGUUACCUUCCUGCCUUUCAUGAUGCAACUUCCAGCAAAAUACAUCACCACAUAUUUUAUUGGAGAAGGGCUAAGUGGUUUUAUUCCUGGCGUGGUCGCUCUGGCACAAGGAGUGGGCAUCGCCAAGUGUGUCAACUCCUCACAGACUGCAGGAAACCACACAGGUGGAAACAUAUGGUCCUUACAUACAGAGUAUCUCCCUCCAAACUUUUCCACCGAGGUGUUUUUCUUCUUCCUAGCAGCCAUGAUGUGCAUAAGCCUGGCUGCUUUUGUUGCACUGAACAGGCUUCCUCGCACGUAUGAACUGUCCACUGAAAACCUCGUGCCAGACACUGUGGCGUCUGUCAGCUCCGGCCUGGAUAACCCUGGAGCAGAGACUGAUGGAGAGGGUGUGAAAUGCCAGGUUGAGGGUGCAGCACAGAGCAGGCCUCUGCUGCCUGUUCCAAAACACUCCAUGUACCAGCUGACCUUCAUCUACUUUAUGGUGGUGUGGGUUAAUGCUGCCACCAACGGCCUGCUGCCCUCUGUGCAGACAUACUCCUGUAUGCCCUACGGGAACCUGGCCUAUCACCUCUCUGCUGCUCUGGCAUCAGUGGCCAACCCCGUGGCCUGCACCAUCGCCAUGUUCUUCCAAAACAGAUCACUGGUGUUUCUUGGUGUGCUGACAGCGUUGGGGACAUUAUUUGGCAGCUACAACAUGGCCAUGGCAGCUAUGAGUCCGUGUCCUUUGCUUCAAGGGUCUGUGCUGGGAGAGAUGAUCAUUGUGCUCUCAUGGCUCCUCUUCACUGGAACACUGUCUUAUGUCAAAGUUAUGGUGGGUGUCAUCCUGAGAGACCGGAGCCACAGCGCCCUGGUGUGGUGUGGAGCUGCAGCACAGAUGGGCUCACUUGUCGGCUCUGUCACCAUGUUCCCACUGGUAAAUGUCUACCGGCUGUUUACGUCGGGAGACUUCUGCAACACUGAAUGUCCUUUGUGACAGUUAAUCUGAGAAAAAC